GAGGAGACACCGCCUCCGCCUCCGAGCUGAGCCGAGACGAGCCGAGCCGCCGCUAAUGGAGCGACAUGGAGGCGCCGCGGACUGAGGAUACCCGCACCGAUUCGGACUGGACGUUAAGCCUCUGGAGGAUUAUCCGGACUCCUUCCCAGCCCAGUGACAGCUCCCCCGAGUCCGUCCGAGGAGGCUGAACGCGGGCCUGAAUUCACAGGGACGGCGGUGGAAGUUGGGCUAAGCUAAAUUAGCUGUUAGCUCUGUGUGAAAUAACGCCGCUCUGCUUCUUUUAUUCACUCUUUUGACUCUCAAAACCUGUGCGGGAUUUGUUUUUGCCUGUAAAUAUUGCGUGGUGGCGGUGUUUAAAUAUUAAUUAUCUGACGUACGCUGCGUCAGUAGCAGGGAAAGCAGCUCAUGAAGCUAAGUUAGCCUCUGAGCUUUUUCUCCUACAUGGAGGAAAAACAAAGCAGCUGCUUCACCUUUGUGAAUAUUUAUCUCCACAGAUAUCAGUAAGCAGCUGCUUCAGGUUCACGUCUGUGGAUAUUGGUCACUCAGAGACCUGCUGAGAGGUUAGAGAAGUGGCAUCAACCAGCAUGUUCCCCUCAAACACCUUCAUGUGAUUAUUCAAGCUCAACUUAAUGUGAAUAUUCCUAUUAUAAGGGAUUGUUUUGGAACAAAUAAUCAGCUGGUUGUAAUUACAAUUUCUUUGCUUGUUUACGUCCCGUUAACGUAUUUUUCUCCCAGUUUUAUUACUUUAUUGUCACUAAAAUUGGAAAAUUAGUGACAUUAAUUGAGGAAUGUGUGUUUUUUACUGGUCAGAGGGGAAAUUAGAGCCAUUGUAAAUAAGCUACAGCUCUCCUGGAGUGCUCACUUAUUUUAUAUUGAGUGUGUAUAAGGUUGGAAAUAAGUAGGUUCAGCCUGUGUUUGGGCUCGGUCAUUUUUUCCAUCUCGAACCAAACAAUUAUUCCUCUUAUCUUCAGCAAUAAGAAUGUUUUUCUUCCCAGAAGCACAUUUUUUGGCAGCCACGUUGUUUGUGGAGCAGGACUGAAAAUUAGCUGCUUGCACACAUUUCGGUGAGACACAGACUUCAGCAGUGAGUGCAUGUUGGGUCCAGCGUGAGGACACACUCACUCCCACAGAGACAGAGCUGCAGGUUGGUCACCUGGUGCACGCCUCCCCAGCAUCCCCAGCCUCCUCACCAUCCUCAGCCUCCUCAGCAUCCCCAGUCUCCCCAGCAUCCCCAGCCUCCUCACCAUCCUCAGCCUCCUCAGCCUCCUCGGCAUCAUCCCACGCCUCCCCAGCCUCAGCAUCGUCCCACGCCCCCCUGCUGGGUGCGGAUGUGAGUGGAGAUGGGGAGUCAGGGCAGCCCCGUGAAAAGCUACGACUACCUGCUGAAGUUCCUGCUGGUGGGAGACAGCGACGUGGGCAAGGGGGAGAUCCUGGACAGCCUGCAGGACGGAUCGGCCGAGUCCCCGUACGCUUACAGCAGCGGCAUCGACUAUAAAACCACCACGAUUCUCCUGGACGGUCGGAGAGUGAAGCUGGAGCUGUGGGACACCUCCGGACAGGGACGCUUCUGCACCAUCUUCCGCUCGUAUUCCCGCGGCGCUCAGGGCAUCCUGCUGGUCUACGACAUCACCAACCGGUGGUCCUUCGACGGCAUCGACAGGUGGAUCAGAGAGAUCGACGAGCAUGCCCCGGGCGUGCCGCGGAUCCUGGUGGGGAACCGGCUGCACCUGGCGUUCAAGCGGCAGGUUCCCACGGAGCAGGCCCGGGCGUACGCCGAGAAGAACGGCAUGACCUUCUUCGAAGUGAGCCCGCUGUGCAACUUCAACGUGAUCGAGUCGUUCACCGAGCUGUCGCGCAUCGUGCUCAUGAGGCACGGCAUGGAGAAGUUCUGGAGGCCCAACAGAGUGUUCAGCCUGCAGGACCUGUGCUGCAGAGCCAUCGUGUCGUGCACGCCGGUCCACCUCAUCGACAAGCUCCCGCUGCCCGUCGCCAUCAAGUCCCACCUCAAGUCCUUCUCCAUGGCCAACGGCAUGAACGCCGUCAUGAUGCACGGACGCUCGUAUUCGCUGGCCAACCCGGCCGGAGGCUCCAAAGGAAACAGCCUGAAGCGCUCCAAGUCCAUCCGGCCGCCGCAGAGCCCCCCGCAGAACUGCACCCGCAGCAACUGCAAGAUCUCCUAAAGGUGGAGGCCGGGCUGCCGAGAGACAGAAUGAAGGACUCCGUGAGGAGGCGGGGGCUAAAACGGCGUCUCAGGAUAUCAGACAGUGUUCACUACAUGUACAGGAAUCACUCUCUCACACACACACACACACACACACACACACACACACACACACACAAGCAUAUUUUCGUCCCCUCAAAGCAGAAGUUUGAGAGAACGACCCCACCCCCACCCCCACCCCCACCUCUGCUGCCACUCAUCGGUGAGACUGCAGGGGAACGAAUGGUUUUCGCCUGAACCCAGAUGUCCAUCCUUCCUCCCAACAGGUCCAGCUGGACAGGAGAGGAGUCCAGCACACACACACACACACACACACACACACACACACACACACACACACACACACACACACACACACACACACACACACACAGGGAGAACAUGCAGGUUCCACAGGACAGACUCGAACCGGGGACCUGGUCAUCAGGUUGUUUGAGGGGAUUUCCAGCUGGCUCAACUCUGUCUCUCUCUGCUUUCUAUUGCUAGUGCUGUGUGGCGCCCCCCAGAGGACGCCGCACACACACACACACACACACACACACACACACACACACACACACACACACUUCUAAAAACCACUGAGCGCCUGGAACUUCACUCCACUGUCUGCCCCUCCCCCCUCCUUCAACACCGAUAAGCUAACAGUCAAACACACUAACCAGCCGGCACGUUUCAGCGUUUAAUUCCAUCUCCAAGUGAAGGCCUGCGAGGGAUCCUGACCAGUGUGAAGGACUGAAAAGUACUACCUCAUCACACUUCUACUUACUUUGAAAAGUAACUAGUUACUUGGUAAAGUCCCUGUCUUAAAAAUGAUCACAUGUAUUAUCAUAAAGUUAGCAUUAGCAUUAGCUGAGCUGUCAGCACUGUGUGUGAUUCACUCAUUGAGUUCAGACCAGGUAGUGGGAGGAAGCUGCUCUACGUGUUGCCUUUGUUUUGGGUUUUUAUUGGUCAAGUCUACAUCCUGGUCCGGCAGUGACAUGAGACUGUCCGCCAUGCUAAUGCUAAUGCUAACAGUCACUCAGUGAGCAAUACCACAUCAAACAGCAGCUUGAAGCUAACGCUAACGUCACAGAGAGACAGCAGCUCUGUAACAAAAACAAGCUCCCCGAAACUUCUGGAGAAGCUGCGAGACUCUUGUCGGGUUAGUAAUCAGUUACUGUGAACCGGUUUAAACAGGAUUCUCAGCUCCGGUGCUGAGCUCCCAAACACUUUCCUACUCUUCACUCUGCUGUUCCUCUAAACUGCUCCCCAGCGCUUGGAGGACGUUUUCAGCCGAGUGUUGAAAAUAGAGCCGGUUUGAGGGUCUAAUUGGGGGCUGUUUUCAUCAGAGGAUGAAUCUACUUCCUGUAACGAUCUGGAAGAGGUGUGUCGGGUUUGAUCCACACGUCUUUCUGCAUCGGCAUCAUUUCCCGUUAACCAUCGUUUGAUUUGUGUCUCGGGAUCAUUCUUACAUUGUCACUCCUGACCUGGCAGCAGGUCUUGUGAAAUGUGAGGAGGACCUGUGACCUCUGAUGACCUCUGAGGACUCGUUAAAUUCACUUCAGAGCGUUCUCGCUCUGCUGCCUUCGGGCUCUGAGGGAAGAACGCCUGCCGCUCGUGUAGAAAGGCGUCUCAACACGUGAACUCUUCCGAGUCGCUGAGUUUUAUCCACUCGGGCUGGAUGUCCUCCGGAAGAAUGCAGCGCGCCCUCCUCCUCUUCAAUCCUCCUGCUGAAUAAUGAUGCUUCUGGUUCGUUUCUCUCUCGGUGAAACACGCUGCAGCUGCUCACAUCAGUUAGUUUUUCUCCUUUUGAAUCCACCUGUAAGCUUUACAUGUUUCACCUUGUUUUCAUUCUCUCCUCAGAGGAUGAUCACCAUGUUCUAAAGAUCAUGUUAUUUUAGUGACAAUUAGAUAUUUGGUGGGAUCCUGCAAAAGUUCAUUUGAAUUUAUUGUGAACACAAAAAUCACCUUUUCUGAAUUGAUGGGGUUUAUUUUUAUUUUUUGGCUGCUUUCUAUGCGUUUGCAGCGAAGGAUUUAUCCUCAUUUCAUCGCAUUUAAAGUGAGGCAGAGGCGUCACCGGAGUGUUUCUGUGCAAUUUACAGAGAAAUUAAAGUCAUGCUACCACCGAAUUUCAUAGAAUUGAAGAGGUUUGGGAAAAAUCUCCGAAAGUAAAAAUAAUCUGUCCUGAAAAAAGAAAAGAAUUUAAAACAUGAAUUGAUUGAAGGAGUGAAAAAGUAGGACCCGGUGGACAGUUUCUCCCUUCACACUGACUCGGCCUGAUCCUCCUCUGGUCUGAACUUUCAGCUUCUGGUCCUGUGGUCUCUGUCCUCUCACGCCUGGGGGGGUGGGGGUUGGGGGGGGUCUUCAUCCGUUU